AUGCGACAGAUCUAUUAUCCCGACCGUGAACUGACAAUCGACGAAGAGAUGGUACUGUGGCGUGGCAGACUGGUCUUCCGCCAGUACGUAAAGGGCAAGCGCCACAAAUAUGGGAUCAAAAUUUAUUCCCUGAAUGAACCCGAGGGACUCAUGCUGCGCUUCCAUGUUUACACGGGGAGUCAUGACUCUUGUAGUGGCAAAGGUCAUACCGUCAAAGUCGUCAUGAAGCUGAUGAGGGACUUCCUGGGGAAAGGCCAUUCCCUGUUCAUGGAUAAUUUUUAUAAUAGUUUUGUCUUAUCAUCCAAACUUUUACGUCAUUCAACCUACACUACCGGCACCCUACGCAUCGACAGACUCCAUACACCUACAGCGGUGAAGGCAAAGGCAUUGGGCAAAGGUGAAACGAUAGCAAACUAUGCCCAAAGUGUCAUGAUUGGAAAAUGGAGGGAUAAGCGGACGGUGACCAACAUCUCCACACAAUAUGACAACGAGAUGGUCCAAACCACCAACCGGAGAAACCAAAAACGAACGCUGCCAAAACCAAUCAUGUACUACAACUCUUACAUGAAGGGGACUGACCGCUUGGACCAAAUGGUAUCGUAUUACCCCUGUGAGCGCAAGACCCUGCGAUGGCACAAGAAAAUUUUUGUGCACUUUCUCCAGGUUGUUGUUGUAAAUUCUUUUUAUCUGUACAACAUGUACAACUCAGAUAGGCUGUCCCUGUAUGACUUCCGAGUUCGUGUACUUGAAGACCUGCUCCCUCCAAAGGAAGCCCCACUGCUCAUCACACCGACUCGCAACAGCAUGCAUCGUCACUCCAAAUCAAUGAAGCGCAAAGGAAACGGCAAGUCAGUUACCCGGAGGUGCCGCGUUUGCUACCAAGAAGGCAAGCGUAAGGAAACAGUAUACUAUUGUGCAGUGUGCCCUGACGAACCAGCUCUGUGUGAACUCGGUUGCUUUGAUAAGUAUCACGAGGGCAAAUAA